AUGGCUCGCAGCGAGGAUGCUGAAGUCGCUGCUUAUACUAGUUCCACCCUUCAACUGAUAAAAAGCCCACUAGCCGAAAGAAAGAACGUCGAAGAGGCAACGCUUAACAAUUCUACAAAGCCUCCAUUCAUUGCUGAUGCCGAUGUAGACGAUGGCCUGGAGUUUGCCAAGCAUGAAUCUUCUUCUACUCUUGAGCUAUUCUAUGAUCUUUGGUUUGUCGCGAACUUAAACGUUUUUUCAACAGUUCAUGAAAUCAACGAUGUUUCAAGUCUUGGGUCAUUCGUGGGAUACAUACUACUUCUUUGGACGACUUGGCUUUUAACAACCCUAUAUGAUGUCCGCUAUGUCACAGACAGUGUCUGGGAGCGACUGUGUCGUGCCGUGCACUUAGCUGUCAUGGUUGGCUUUGCUGAACUCGGUCCGACAUUCGACUUUUUCAAGGAAGCAAAAUCUGUCUUCCGGGCCAUGUGCCUGUUUCUCAUGGUGUCUAGAUUGAUGCUCGCGCUUCAAUAUUUUACAGUAUUGCUUCAAGUUCGCAAGCAUAGAGAGACCAGAGUACCACUCAUGGUUGCAACGGGUAUCCAUUCGCUAUUUGCUGUAAUAUAUUUAGCAGUAUCCUUUUUGUCCGUUCAUGAAGCAAGCUCAGUCGUUGCCGUCAGCUGGUAUAUUGGGGCAGUAGCUGAGGUCACCAUCCACCUUGGGCUCUCCAGUCUCAAGGCUCUCAGCUUGACUGAUACUCAUCUAAGCGAGCGCAUGAAUCUACUGACUUUAAUAAUCCUUGGUGAAGGAGCAAUCAUCAUAGCGAGGAAUAUCCAGACUGUCGUGAAAAAUACCUUCCUGAAGAACAGCGGCGAUAUAUGGUCUGCUGCUCUCAUCGGGGUGGUCACAUGCGCGGUUGCCCUGAUCUACUUCAUCUACCAGAUGUACUUUGAUUGGAUGCAUUCUGGCAAAUUAAGUCAUAAGCGACAAAUGUUUUGGGUUUCCUGGCAUCUUCCAUUCCAUAUCGCUCUAGUACUUCUUCUAGAAGGCGCAAAUCAGUUCAUUGCUUGGUCUCAAGCGCUUCAGUCGAUCAAGGCAGCCGCACAGAGCAUCGUCAAUAUUAAUUACGAGCUACCUAGUAGCCCAACUACAAAAGAAGUGGUUCGAAUAUUGAAUGAAACCAUCACAGAGCUCCUCGAGUCAUACCCUCCCGAAGAUGAAGUCGCCGCUCUGGACGAUGUCGAAAGAACUUAUAAGAGCCUACUUACUCUUCCUGACUCCUUUUGGGAUGUAAAUGGCCAACUAGCCGACAAUGACCCAGACAUGGUUUGUUGGCUGAAUGGCACAAGGGAUCUUGCGCAAACUGUCUUCGAUGGAAUAUUUGCUUCGUUUAGUCUCGCGGCGCCUGCAGAGGAGACCGAAUCUACUGAUGUACAGUCUGCCACGGAAGCCGCAUAUUUGGCCACUGCGAAUAAGUUUGAAACUGUCUUUAUCUAUGCCUUUAUUACAGCUGGCCUAGUAUUGAUCCUGAUGACCGCUCUACAUGUUGUAUGGAAACAACGUGGCUGGUCGAUUUUCAACAUACUUCGAGCACUGAUCACCGUUGGGAUGGGUCUCGGGCUUGCAUUGACGAGUUUGCUCACGUUGAACCAGGGUGCUCUCUCCAACUUUUUACCAACGCCAUGGCCACUACCGACCAUUACGAUCUGUUAUUUCGUUGUUCUGGUUCUUAGCCACAUUCCUGAGCCUAAACAACUUUUCCCAAAGAGAAAAGCAAUAUUAUAUAGCACCCUGGGGAAAUAA